AUGUUGAAGUUAGAAGCAGAGAGGAUUUCCAGCAGUGGAAGGCUGGUAAUGUGGUUGAGAGCAGAAGAUAGGAAUGGAAAGAAGAGAGAGAUUGGUGGGUUGUGUGUGAGAGGAAGUGUUGUAGGAGGUGGCGGAGUGAGGGUGAUAAAUGGGAGGAAGGUGAACGGCGUAGUGGUCGGCGAGAACAAGGCGGCGGCGAGCUAUUUGGAGAGGGAAGGGGCUGAAGGGAAGGCUUUGAAUGCUUUCAAGUUAGGAAGGUUUGUUGAAGAGAGAUUUGUUUAUAGGCAAACAUUUGUUAUAAGGUCUUAUGAGAUUGGCCCUGACAAGACUUCUACCAUGGAGACACUAAUGAAUCUCCUUCAGGAGACAGCACUUAACCAUGUCAUGAGCUCUGGUUUAGCUAGUGAUGGUUUUGGUGCAACUCAUGAGAUGAGCCUCAGAAAACUGAUUUGGGUUGUCACUCGAGUAAACAUUCAGGUUGAUAAAUAUAGUAGCUGGGGGGAUGUUGUAGAGAUUGAUACCUGGGUUGCAGCAUCUGGCAAGAAUGGAAUGAGAAGAGAUUGGAUUAUUCGAGAUUACAGCACUAAAAAGACACUCACAAGAGCUACAAGUAACUGGGUGAUAAUGCAUAGAGAAACAAGAAGGCUUUCAAAAAUACCAGAGCAAGUGAGGGAAGAAGUCAUGCCUUUCUAUUUGGAUAGAUAUGUCAUCUUUGAAGCUGAAGAUGACAGAACAAUAGAUAAACUAAAUGAUGAAACGGCAGAGAAUAUCAGAUCAGGUUUAGCUCCAAGAUGGAAUGACAUGGAUGUCAAUCAACAUGUGAACAAUGUCAAGUACAUUGGAUGGAUUUUAGAGAGUGUUCCAAUGAAAGUACUGGAAGAGUAUCACCUGACAAGCAUGACACUGGAAUAUCGUCGAGAAUGCCGGCAGUCGCAUUUACUUGAGUCCCUCACAACCAUGAAAACAAGUAUUGCAGAAGAUACAGAUUCAGACAAUUCAGCUCUUAGAAGCACUCACUUACUUCGUUUACAGGAGAACAAAUCAGAGAUUGUUAGAGCAAGAGCACAAUGGUGCAUCAAAGAACAAGCAUAACAUAUUGGCAUUAUAUAGUAUAAGAGCUACAUCAUCCCAAUUCAUUCAUCAUAUUUCUGAUAUUCUUUGCUUUGUGAGAGCUUAAAGCGAAAUAUUUUGGGAACAAAGAGU